CAAUGUGUGUAAAUGAACAUGUCCUUAUGUGGAGAGAAUAGUAUGAUUGAUUAGUUGUAAGCGUUAACUGAACUUUUGGCUACUACUUGGCAGAGUUAUCUUAAAUAAUAUGCAAUGGUUAAUUUCUUUUGUAUACACAAUAUAUGGUCAUUCAUUUGUUUGUGUUUUCCCAUCGCGUAAAAAAGAACACGCAGCAGCCCAAUACAGAUAUACGGUACUGUAGGUUUUACUUGUUGCUAAACCCGCUAGCUAGUUAAUGCAAUUUGAUCAGCUAGCUAGCUAGCUAGGUACAGCUCUGGGAGCUGGAUUUCUAGACAUUUUGUAGCAACAAGCCGAUAAAUGGACAGUUUUUAAUUGUUGCCGCCUAUCAACAUCGCUUAUUUACACUGACAGCAGCGGUGCUUUAAAGGCUUGGGGACAGUUUCGGAAUGUUGGGGGGAAACGGGGCAGGAAUAAGUACCAGAGCAGGGGGCGCGCGACCGGGAAAUAGGACUGGGAUGACCGCUCUUCAAGUGAAUAACCCUGGAACGAACGUGAGUGGAGCUGAAAGUGGGAGUUUUGAAGAACGAGUCCGAUCAGGCAAGAUGGUGUUCAGUGGCUCUGAACCAGAGUCCGACUCCGGGGAUGAUGAUGAGACCAUCAGUUCAGCCGGGGACAGAAGAGGGGUGAAGCGAGAGAGAGCCGAGAUGGAAGUCGCUACAUCAGCAGCGACGUCGGUUGGUCAACUAGCGGGAGGUUAUGUCAGUGUUGCGGGAGGUGCAACUGGGGCAAAGCCAGGCAAAAAGACCCGUGGACGAGUCAAGAUUAAAAUGGAGUUUAUAGACAACAAACUUCGGCGGUAUACAACUUUUAGCAAGAGGAAGACUGGCAUUAUGAAGAAGGCAUACGAGCUCUCCACUCUAACAGGCACCCAGGUCCUCCUCUUGGUGGCUAGCGAGACAGGCCACGUCUACACAUUUGCUACGCGCAAGCUCCAGCCUAUGAUCACCAGCGAGACGGGCAAAGCGCUCAUCCAGACAUGUCUCAAUUCACCCGACUCACCGCCCCGCAAUGAUCCGUCCACUGACCAGCGCAUGAGCGCAACAGGCUUCGAGGAGACAGACCUGACCUACCAGGUGUCGGAGGGUGAGGGCUGCAUGGACCCCUCGAAGGACAUGAUGAAGCCAACAUUCACCAUGGCCAGUCUGCCUGCUGGUGUCAACACGCAACCCACGUCAGUGUCCUCCUCUUCAACUUCCACCUCAUCUUCCUCUUCAUCGGUGACGCACUUGCAGAACAGCAUCCCUGCCACAUGUUGGCAGGUCUCGAUGGGCAUUAACACUCACUGUGCCACUAGCAGUGCCAAUGGCACGGAGCUUAAGACCUCAGCCACAUCUACAGGCAUUAUGUUAUCUGGAGGGUACACCCUCAUGUCUGGCACAACGCUUCCACCUGGCACACACACCAUUCCUCUCAGUCAGCUGCCGGCCCUCCAAAGCCCCUUGGCCCAGACCAGCAUUACCACCGCUACUGCAGGGCACACACAGCAGGGCCAGCAGACCACCUUGUUCCGCCUACCUGCAACUGUCUCGCUCACAGGUGGAGGGAUGAGCCAGCAGCUGCAGGCCAUUCAGGUUCACCCCAGCAGCCAGCAGAGUGCAGUGAGCCACAGUGACCUCUGCCACACCACAACCAGCUCCACAGUGAGCCUCCCCACUACCAUCGUCACGUCAUCGAUGCCGUCAACAAUGGGGAGUCACAUGAUGUAUCCCGGGGCCCACACAGUCAUGUAUGCCACACCAACACCCUCGCUGGGCGACGGUAGCCUAACCUUGCUCAACACCUUUCCACAGACAGGCCAUAAUCAGCCCCAACAAGACCCAGGUGCUGUACAGCAGGUGUUCCUUGCAGGACCUCCUGGGACAGUUCAGAUACCAGUGUCAGCAGUGCAGCUCCACCCGAUGGUGAUUGGUCAGCAAUCGAGCAGCAGCAGCAACCUCACAGAGCUGCAAGUGGUCAACUUAGACACCCAACAUCACUCAAAGGACAAUUGACCCGCCACAUCAAAAGACUGCAUUUCCCAGACAUGUAAAUGCCCAAAUGCCAGGGGAUCACUGACACCUUGCCAACAGACUGCUACCCCCUAUUUAUUAAUGACUUUUCACAGCAAUGUUUUUUUUUUUUUAAUGAAUCUAGUAAGAAUAUAAAUACAUUGGCAAUGGUGUUAAAUGUACACAGGAUUCAUGUGUGCUCCAGCUUUUUUACUUAGUAAACAUUUUUGAUAUAUUAGUAUGUUGUUUUCUUUGUCUGCAAGUGUUGUUUGACUUGACAUCCACACAUUGCUGGGGAUACAGCUUCACAUUUUAAAGUUGCUUUUAGUGUGCAUGUUCUGGUUGUAUGUGAACUGAAGAGGAUUUGUUUAUUUUGUUCUUACUGUUGUAUUCCUUUAUAAAUGUAAUAUUGAUUAAUUAUAUUUUUCUACUUUGGCAUGUGGAAUAUGGUAAA